UCCUUCAUCCCGCUCUGAAAAACGAACUAUUUUACAGUUAGAGCGAUACGACGUGAAGGGGGUACUUCGGUUUUUGUGUUCUUCGUCUUCCCAACACAAAUCCCAGGACCAUGACAGAGGAUAGUUGCCCCAAAGCUUCAGAGGAGAACACGACUUCAGCGACAAGACAAAGGAAAAAGAGAAAGUGGGACCAACCUGCAGAAUCCUUGGUAUCAGCUGGACUAGCUGUGCCCGGAGUCCUUCCAUUGGGAAACAUGGGAGCUCUUGCUGGAAUUACACUUCCAGGUGUAGUACCACUUUCCAGUGCCAUGUUGUCAAAUCAACUUCCUGCUACUUGCGCAGCUAUCCCUCAGGUGUUUCAGGCGCCCUCCAUCCAGCAGAGUGCUUCUGCAAUCGCCCAGAAGAUAAAUCAACCAAAGAUACAAGAUGAACUAAUAGCCCGUGAAAUUGUCAUAAAUGAUGCUGAAUCUUCUGUUCGUUACAAGCUUACAAAACGCCAGACACAAGAAGAGAUCCAGAGGUGCACCGGUGCCGUGGUCAUAACAAGGGGCAAGUAUCGUCCUCCUAAUGCAUUGCCUGAUGGUGAAAAACCACUAUAUCUUCACAUUUCUGCUGGAGCUCAUUUAAAAGAGACAGCAGAACGAAUUAAAGCAGUUGAUCGUGCAGCUGCCAUGGUUGAAGAAAUGCUGAAGCAGGGCCCAAAUUCACAGCCAACUUCUACUUUUCAUUCUGUUCUGAACAACGGAGGACAGGUUACUCAAGUGCUUAGUGCAUGCGUGUUUUUGGGCUUUGACCCUGAUCCAGUAACAAACAUUGCUGCCCGUAUCCGUGGACCAAACGACCAGUAUAUAAAUCACAUUAUGAAUGAAACAGGAGCAACUGUCUUACUGAAGGGACGGGGUUCAGGAAAUUUUGGAAGCUCAAAUGGUGAAGAGUUACAGCAACCAUUGCAUUUAUUCUUGUCAAGUAACAACCCUAAGAGUCUCGAAGAAGCGAAACGCUUGGCUGAAAAUCUUAUGGAUACAAUCAGUGCAGAGUUUGGUGUAUCCAGAGCCUCUUCACCAAAGGUUUAUAAUGCUGUUCCACCACCACAGCAGUUGUUGGCUGGAGUUCAGAGCUCUGGUAAUGAGCAUAGAGUAAGCACAGCUCCAGUUGCUGGUUUGAUGUCAUCAACUGGAUUUUCUACCCCUUCAAUACCGGUUUCCUCAGCUACAGUCCCUGCAGUUCCUAAUGCCUACCCUCAGGUGAAUGUUUCACAGUCUGGGGGGUUCUUUAAUUAUGGACAAACCCAACCAAACAUGGUUUCCUAUCCCCAGCCUUCAGUAACUGGUGGAACUAGCUAUAGUGGAUAUGGUGGGAUAUAUCCCCAAGCCACACCUUUGCAACAAGUAGCCUUAGCCCUUAGACAGACACCAUCUCCUGUUGCAUCUACAGUUGCUUCUGCAGUGUCAACAGGAAAUGCUUCAUCGAAUACAAGUUCAAGUUCCACUGCCGAUAAGGAGAAAAAGCCUGCACAGAAGCGGAAGUUUCAGGAGCUACCUGUUGCUUCAAAGGGGCUUGCAAAACCAUACCAGAACUCACUACAGGGAUCAGAAUUUCUUAAGCCAGGUGAACCUUUAGAAGAUUCGGGCGUGAGAAAUAUUUCAACCAUGCCUCCUCCAAAGAAGUUGGUGGAGCCAGCAACCAAUGGGAUGCCACCGCCACCUCCAAGGGACAUGCCACCACCGCCUCCACGGAGCAUGCUGCCACCACCACCACCUAAGUUCACGUCAUCGACACCUCCGACAAAAUCAAAUGGACAUACUACCACACUAACAAAAUCAAUAGCUGAUCCUGUCCCUGAUACUUUGUCCAAAUUGAUGGAAUAUGGAGAGGACGAUGACACAGAAGGAAGCAGUGUAGAAUCGCCCAAAAGUAAUCAUGAGCGUUCAACAGCUCCAAGACCGUUCUGGGCUGCUCCAUGAAAGAUUGCAGUGCUUAAAAGAUGGUUUCUGGCAACGGAUGUUCUUAAUGCCGAAGAACAACUGAUCAAACUCUUUUAAAUUAUGGUGUAGCCUAACUGGAAAAGGUACGUGGCAGAAAACUAUUGGUCUAACAGUGUCAGAAUAUUCCAUGGUGUCACCGGCUGCCCAGCUUUUGAGGUUCCAAAUGUGGAGUUGUAUUCUACCCCCCAGCCGGCCAGCCCCAAACAAGGGGAUUGGGCGAGGGUGAGGGAGCAUAGCUAUUCUGUGCCUUUAGGUUAUAAUUUUAAAUUUUUAAUUGUUAAGUGGGGAAAGGAGGUGCCUGUAUUAAUCCGUGAUUUUUUUUUUUUUCCUCCUCUCCUUGUAGGCUAUUGAGCCAUUUGAUACAUUUAAUGCAACAUCGUGGAGCACCAAAAAAAUCACGAGUUCGGAUUUGAUCGCA